AAAUCUUUACAUAUGUCAAAUGUUAUCUUCCCAACAAUUUUUAUUUAUUAACAAAAUCAUCUCAUAUGUUUGUUCGAAGGAUAUUGUAUUAUUUUGAAUACAGGUAAAACGUAUUAAAAACCUUUUUUUUAUAGUUAAUCCACACCCAAUGUCAGGUUUGUCCUUUAUAAGUCAGUACGGCGACGACGAGGAUUCACAAUCAGACGAAAACGACGACUGUAAAAUACCAAAGAUCAAAUUACCAACACCAAAUUUAAGUGAAGUGUCCGUGGUUUCCACCGAAGAACAUAUUGACGAGCCAAGUCUGCAUGGAGGAAGACUUAGAUCUUUUCCCCAUGUGAGAGGAAACUGGCCCAGCUUCAUAUACAUUGAAUACCCAGAACAGGACCACUUGCAUAAAACUAUAAAUAAGUUAUCAAAUUUUGUGUCAUCGCUAAACAUUUUAUGUAAUAGAUGUGAUGGUAUACAUUUGAGUCUUUCUAAAACAUUUACUAUACAGUACCAUAUGAUAAAACCCUUAUCAUCUGCUCUCCAAGAAGUUCUUGGUUAUAUUGAAAGCUUUGAAUUAUUUUUUGAUAGCGUCGAAGUUUAUUGUAAUGAAGAAAAAACUAGAACAUUUAUUGCAUUAAAAGCAGACAUUUACAGCAGCAAGAUUUUGGCAAAUAUAACUGACAAAAUAGAUGAUAUUUUAGAUGAUUAUAAACUACCAAAAUUCUAUAAGGAUCCGUCAUUCCAUAUCAGCAUUUUGAGCGUAAAUGGUAAUAAGAAGAACGACAUACUUAGAAUUGUAGAAGACUUAAAUAAAAUAUUAAUAAGUGAAGCAGAUACUUUACUGGAAGCUGUUAAUAUUGAAAAAAUAAUUCUAAAGACGGGAAAUAAAUAUUUCCAAUACCAUCUAAAGAAUAACAAUGGAGUUUAAAAGUAAAGUCUUUAUUAACCCAAAUUUUAAAGGAAAUCCACAAACAUCUACAGGACCAUUGCAGUACAAAACAGCUUAUGUAAAUAGACAUUUUUCUCAAGAAACAUACCAAAAUCAAGUACAUCAACCUCAAGACGAUGUUAACAAUAGAAAAAUAUAUGUCAAUCCAAAUUUUAUAGCUCCCACCAACCACCACCAACCAUAUGACAAUGUCCGAACAAAUGUUUCUCAUAAUUAUAUUGGAAAUUUAGUACCUAACAUGUAUAGCGUAAGCAAUAUAGAACAAAAACAUUCAUUUAUCAAUGACAACUUGGAAAUUAAAAACUCAUUGUAUAGUAUAAGGUUAUCGCGAAAUACUGGAGAACCUUCCGCUAAAGAAAACCUUAAAGUUACAGAAUCUUUCACUAAUUCUUUAGAAGCUCCGUUGACAAAAUCACGUUACAGCCUAGUAAGGAAAUCGAAACCCAUAUCGAAGAGCAUUGCAAUAACAAGCAAUAGUUAUAAAGACAAUA